UAGAAAUAUUAUUAAGUUAAAUAAUGGAUGAUUUUUUUGAGGAUGAGACAACUUAAGUCGUUUCUAAUGAGGCCCCAUAAGGUGAUUUUAGCCAAUUUUAAUAAGCUUAAGUAAGUGAUAUUGAAUAUAAUAGUAUGAUGUAUUUAGUGCAUUUUCUAAUGUAACACCUGUUCAAUCUUAGCAAUCAGUCGUAUACGUGGUAUUUAAUAAUUCAAAAAUAGAGUCCAGAAUAAUAGAUUAGAAAAGAUAAACUAAAAAUAAUUGAAGAGGAAAGGUUGGCUUUAAUAAAAGAAAAGGAUUAACAAGAGAGGAUAUUGAAAUAAUAAAAAAAAUAAAAAGGUCAGGAGUAUUUGCAAUAAUUCAAAAGGUAAAUUGAAGAAUUACGUGAAAUAGUUAAUUAGAAACAGAUAUUUAAUAAAGAAAAGUUUUGAAUAAGUAGAAAUAAGAAAUUUGGUUUGAAAAUUAAAAGAAUCAUAGUUAGUAUGUAAGAAUAGUAUUUCUAUAAAGAAAAAUUCUUGGGACUAAAUUGCAUCCAAUAUAGCUUUAAAGGAUGGUGAGUAUCCAGGAUAAAAAGAUGUGACUAAGAUGAGAUAAGCAAUUCUUAAUAAGAGAAGCGAUUUGACUAAAUGAAGCCUAAG